ACCCUUUAUUGAAUUGAAUCUUUUUCAUAAUCUGGGUGAUCAUUGAUGUCAAAUCUGACAAAACUUCCACUUGAAUCUUUCCAGCAUGGUAGCUAAAAAUACUAAAACAACAACUCAUGCUUCAAAACCGGAGAAGAACAAAACGAAGAAAGAUCUCGACAAAACCAAGAACGCAAAGGAAAAGAAGAAAAACUUGGCCGGAAGCAACGUAUCUUUUGGAAAAAUAUCCAUUGAUAUCAUAAAACCAUCCUCUAGGAGUGCCCUGGCAGACACAGAUUCUAGCAGCGCAGAAGAACCAGAAGAAAUACCAAAAACAGGUGAAGAGCUGUUGAAAUGGACCAGGGAACAAAUGAGCUUCAUUUCCGCAAGGUCUAAGGAGGAAAGUGAGAUGGCUUUGGAAGAGGAGCAAGAAAUACCAAUACCUCCAACUCCCAAAAAACCUAAGAGUGAGAAAAUCGAGAAGGCACCCAUAAAAAUUAAGAAAAAGGAGGGAAAGAAGAAGAAGAAGUCCACGACUGGAAAAGUCAGUGAGGAGGAAUUCCUGGACUUGACUGCACCAGGACCUCUGGAAGAUGAAGUGAUGUUCCAAUGGAGAUUGAGGAGGGAAGAACAAAGACGAUUGUCGAGGAAGAAAAAUAGAAGCGAAGUUACUUUCCUCGAGCCUACAACAGACGUGGUAAAAAUAAGUUCAACUUCGAUCCUAAAAGGUGGGAGGAGGAAAACCACAAAAUUAACCCUAGCGGCUAAGAAAGAAGCCCAAAGACUACUGGAAAAGGAAAAUGAAGAGAGAAAACGACGAGAAGAACUCUUUCAACAAGACCUGAUGAAACACGAACAAGAUGAGGCGGAAGAUAUAAUCAGGGAGCAAAAAAAUGCUACUACAUUGAGGCGAAUCAGAAGAUUCCAGAAGGAGCAACUGGAUAGGACCUGGGAGCUGUUCAGGAAGGCAGAGGUGGAACACUAUAGGAGUUGUGAAAAAAUUCCCUUAGUUACGAAGUGUGAUCAACUCACUUUCUUCGUGAAGCAGUGGGAGGAAAGUGUUGGGGAGAUGAGCCUGGAGGAUCUUGGGAGUGUUUGUGGAGUGAAUCUUGAGCUGCUGAAGAGGUUGGAUGAGUUGAUUUUCUACACGUCCCCAAACGAACAAGAGAAAAUGGAACAGUGGUUGUGGUCCUCAGAACUAUUGAGAAGCACCCAGGAGGAAAUGUUGAACAGGACAAUGUACAACAUCCUCUCGGAUGUAUACAAGAAUUUGAAGAUCGAGAAUUUGGAUUACGGUGAAUUCCAGACCAAGAAUGAUUCGUUCACUCUGUCCAUAUGGUUGAAAUUGGACUGGCCUGUCUCUAUGCCAAACCCUAAAAAACCACCUGGAUCGGCAACAGAGGUGCUCCUGUCUGAGGUAGAUGUGAUCUGCAUAUUCCCACCAUCUUUACUAUGUGACCAAAAGGCUCUGGUAUGUCUUCAUAUGCCAUACGAUCAUGUCAGUGAUACUUGUGCUACUUUCCAACCGCCUCCAAAGCCAGAUUGUCUGACCAAAGACCUGUCCGAAAGCAACUAUGAAGAUAAGCUCAGAAAGCUCAAAUACUGCUACGAAAGUCACUUAAGAUCAGAAUACGUAGAAAAAGUUGAGACCUACAAAGAGAAGCAUCCAGACGACAAGUAUCCCUUCCCUUUUGUACUUCCGGAGAUUGAACUGAACGAGGAUAUACCCAGAGUGCCACCCCAAAGCCUUGAUCCUACCCCAACUGAGUACGUAGAUCUGGCCGAUGACUUGCUGUUCGAUAAUUACCUGAAGGGGAUGUACGUGGAAGCUUCUCCAGAUGAGGUAAGCCUUCGGCAGUACCAACUGGUAGGGGGACUAUACGACAUUCAGCUCGUUUACCACCCACCUCAACCUCAACCCUUGGUGAAGUUUCACAUGACCCUAAGAACAGGUAGAAAACCAUCUUGCGAACAAUUCCAUGUAUCUCAAAACUCUUUCGAACAGUGA